AAAUUCUAUUGGAUUCGAAUCAAAAAGAAAUAUUUGUUAAAGAAUUUGGAAAUGAAUUUCCUCCUGAACAAGAAAGAAGACAUAAACUCCAAGCUGCGAUAGCUACACUGAAUAAGCUUGACAUAACGGAAACAGUGUUAGAAGAACAUCCAAAUGGAUGUGAUAAUGAUGGUCAAAUGAUUUUAAAAUUUAAAAUCGAUGUAGAUAAUUAA